UCGGUGCUUCGGUUAAUACAAGGUAAAGGUGGCAUACCAUUAGUGGAAUUUUGGUUCGCGGUACGCCCUCAGAGACAUGUCAAACGCUUCGCUUGACAGACAUAUGAAGUGUGCGAAAGGGAAGCCAUCACGUAUAUGAACGUGCCAUGAGUGCGAAAGAGGCAGACUACAUAUGGGAAAACCUAACCAUUUUUGAGUUCGAAGUCGUCCGAGUCGGCCAAGAUCAUAUUGCCGUUGCCCAAAAACCCAGGAAAAUACUCAUUUCACAGGUAAUUAUGAUAUUCCUAGCGAAAUUUUCGUAACGAUAUUUUAUAAAAUUAACGGCAUAAAAAGUGUAAAUCGCCAAAUUAUACAGUUCAUUAUAAGUUUUUCUUCAAUUGUGUGUUAAUAUUUCAUCAUAUUAGUCAAUAAUUUAGAAUAUUUUGUGUAAAAACCUAAACUAUUACUUUACGCUAGGGCUUGACAAAAUGUUCAUAUGACUGUAUCGAUAACUUGUCCGUAUAUUAGUAGGUAUGGAAUUAGUUGUUCACAAGACAUCAUUAAGAUAUUAACCUUUAUAACCGACUUAAAAUAAUAACGAUUGUUAUAAGACCCUUUUUUUUUUUUUUUUUAAUAAAUAAAUAUUAUAGGACAUUAUUACACAAAUUGACUAAGUCCCACAGUAAGCUCAAUAAGGCUUGUGUUGAGGGUACUUAGACAACGAUAUAUAUAAUAUAUAAAUAUUUAUAAAUACUUAAAUACAUAGAAAACAUCCAUGACUCAGGAACAAAUAUCCAUUGCUCAUCACACGAAUAAAUGCCCUUACCAGGAUUUGAACCCGGGACCAUCGGCUUCAUAGGCAGGGUCACUACCCACUAGGCCAAUUUUGAAGGUGCACGGUGCAAGUUUAGCGAUAAAUUUAAUCUUCACUUUCCAACACAGUACUUACAUUUUAACUACUUUUCCACGGUUUUGCCGCCAACACAAGGAAACACAAGACAACGUAUACUUGUACACAGCCUAUACACACCCAACCCAACUUGUCAGUAGGACUACGACAGAAGGCGCGAAAUUCAAAAAUCUUAUAUAUAUGCGCCAUACUCAUCAACAAACGCAAAAAUAGUUAAAUCAUUAUUACAUGCUGAGAUGAGGCCAUUUCGUGGCACUUUAUACUUCCUUUGUUUUUGUUAUAUCAUGUAAUUUAAUGUGUCUUGUUUGUGUGUCUACGAAUAAAAAAUAUGCUAUUCUAUUCUAUUCUAUUCUAUAAGUAUGACUCGACUCGGUUCGUUUUCCUCCAAUAGAGGGGAUUUAUUUAUACUAUACUGGCAAUACCGCAAUCGAACUGUCACUUCGAAUUGUGACGUUUUAAGAAAAGUACCAUGAUUUCGGUUAUUAUGAUGAAUGAAAUUUGCUUGUAUCUUUAUACGAAUAACCUGUCAGAGCGUCCUUAUGGCAAGUGACAAUGUGGUACCUUUUGGUACGACACAAUUGUUUCUUUGACAUGUCCUACGGGCAUUGUUGUUGUGAUAUAUUUAUCUGAAUUUUUAACAUUUAUUCUAUAUUAUAUUUACUCAGUUGUUCCUGUCACGCAACUCGUGUUGACCAAAAUGCAAUACAUACAUAACUUCUGUGAAAUUUCCACAGAAAUGUGUGUAAACAGUGUAUUAUUGUGUUAAUGUUUUUCCUUGGACCCGGCGUAAUUUUUUUAAUUAAAUGAAAUCCCGGUAAAAACUAUGAUUAUUGCUAUCGCCGUCUAAAUACAUGUGAAGACGAUUGGUAUUUUAAGUAAUUUUCUACAAAAUGAAUUUUUAUUCAAAUAAAUUCCUUGUAGUAGGUUUAGUUUUCUUAUUUAUUGUAUCAGUUAUGUUGUUUUACAAUGGGAACGAGCGACCUACAGUGAAAGAAAGUGUCAAAGUAGAGGACAUAGAAACUAGGAUCAACAAAUUGGAGGAAAUGAUGGACAAUCAACUGACCGAGAGUGGUAAAUUGUUGCAAAUGGUCGUGGAGCAGAUUAGGGAGAAAAAAGAGGUACCCAAGGUGGUGGUUGAAGUGAAUUAUACGCAGGCUCCUGACGUUGGGAAAGCUGAGUCUAAAAAUACAAUACUACCGGUACUCGUGAUAGCGUGUGACCGCGUCACCGUGAAGAGGUGCCUGGACAACCUUAUCAAGUUCAGACCGAGUAAAGAGAAGUUCCCGAUAAUAGUCAGUCAGGACUGCGGCCACAACGCCACAUACCAGGUCAUCAAAUCGUUCGCCGACGCCGACCCUUCUAUCACCGUGGUACGCCAGCCCGACCUGUCGGAGAUACCCCUCGAGCGUACCUACAUCCAGUAUAACGGCUACUAUAGGAUAGCGCGGCAUUUCAAGUUCGCGCUGAACCAUGUGUUCAAAACUUUGGGACAUGAGGCUGUCAUUAUAGUUGAAGAUGAUCUGGAUAUUUCGCUAGAUUUCUACGAGUACUUCCAAGGCACAUAUCCUCUCUUACUCAAGGAUUCUAGUAUAUGGUGCGUAUCAGCGUGGAACGACAACGGCAAGAAGCAGCUAGUGGACCUAACGCGGCCCGAGCUCCUCCACCGCACAGACGUCUUCCCUGGACUCGGCUGGAUGCUGCGAGCGGACUCCUGGGCCGAGUUCGAACCUAAAUGGCCUAAAGGGUUCUUCGACGCUUGGCUCCGAGACCCUGAGAACACGGGGGGCCGCGCCUGCAUCCGGCCGGAAAUAUCCAGGACUUAUACAUUUGGCAAGGCGGGCGUCAGUGGAGGCCUGUUUUUCGACAAGCAUCUGCGCCACAUCGUCCUCAACUCGGAAUUUGUUGAAUUCACCAAAAGGGAUCUCAGUUAUUUAUUAAAUCCAGAUUACGACCACAACUUUACAAAAUACGUGUACUCCCUCCCUGAGAGCACGGCGGAGGAGGUGAUGGCGGGCGAAGCGCCUGCCCCCUCCGUCCGCGUCACCUACUCCAACCUUGAUAAGUUUCGCAAGGCGGCGCAGCUGCUCGGCCUCAUGGACGACUUCUGGGUGAGUUGUACUGAGAGACAGAGAGAGGCAGAGUGUGUGAGACUGACAUUACUCUACUGGAACCACGGCGGAGGAAGUGAUGGCGGGCGCGACGCCUGCCCCCUCCGUCCGCGUCACCUACUCUAACCUUGAUAAGUUUCGCAAGGCGGCGCAGCUGCUCGGCCUCAUGGACGACUUCUGGGUGAGUUGUACUGAGAGACAGAGAGAGGCAGAGUGUGUGAGACUGGCAUUAUUCUACUGGAACCACGGCGGAGGAAGUGAUGGCGGGCGCGACGCCUGCCCCCUCCGUCCGCGUCACCUACUCCAACCUUGAUAAGUUUCGCAAGGCGGCGCAGCUGCUCGGCCUCAUGGACGACUUCUGGAGCGGAAAACCCCGGACGGCGUACCGAGGCGUAGUCCAAUGUACAGUAAAGGACCGACGCAUGUACAUCGCGCCAGACUUAUUAUGUCAUUUGUUUUGUUUUUAGAUAAAUAAAGAGACAUUUUACAAAUGAGAAAA